AGGUGUCGGAAGAAGCACGGGUGGUUUGCAACGAAGGGAAGCGGCGAAACUAGGACACCAUCGGGAGGGGGAGAGGAGCGGGCACGGCUCCCUCGCCCGCUGCUCCGGCCUCAGAGGCCACCCGCGCGGCAGCAAGACGGACAAGGACAAGGCAAGAGCGCCACCGGAGGCGCCCGGCUAUAGGCCGCGCAUAAGGCCUGCCCACCCUCGCGGGCAGGACCAGUCAAGCCAAGGCCGGGCCUACCCGUUCUUCACAACUCCGCGGGGCCCCGCCUCGGAGGGGAGGCUCUCUUCUGGGCUCGUAUGUGGGACAAAGGUGACAAGGCGGCUCCGCCAGAGAAGCAACGCCGACGCCUGUUUUUCUACUCGCGGGGCUGCAGCUGAGGGGCUGACUGCGGCCAGGGUCGCCCCCAUCCUCAUCAUGAAUAUGGAAAGCCAAGUGACUGAUACUUCUGAAGAGCGUACAUUCCAGUAUCAGCGAACUCUCCCUUCACUUCCAGUUCCUGCUCUUGAUGAAUCUUUAAAGAAAUACCUCGAUUCAGUAAAGCCUUUCCUAAACCAAGAAGAAUAUCAAAAAACGGAGAGCAUAGUAAAAGCUUUUGAAAAUGGGAUUGGAAAGGAACUACAGCAAAAGUUACUUGAAAGAGCUAAAGUAAAGCAGAAUUGGCUGGAGGAAUGGUGGCUGAACGUGGCCUACCUUGAAGCCCGUAUAUCAACACAAAUCUUUCAUAAUUUUGGAGGACCAGGCCCUUACCAGGAACACUACUGGCCAAUGAAGGAAGGGGCUAAUAUAGAAAGAGGAAGCAUAGCUGUAUGGCACACCUUGAAUUUCUGGGAGCUAAUAAGAACGGAAAAAUUGGCUGUACACAGAUCUGGUAAUAUGCCUCUGGACAUGCAUCAGUUCCGAAUGUUGUUUUGCAACUGCAAGAUUCCUGGAAUUACUCGAGACUCCAUUGUUAAUUAUUUCAGGACAGAGAGUGAAGGAGAAUGCCCAUCUCAUCUGAUAGUGCUGUGUCGAGGUCGUAUCUUUACAUUCGAUGCUGUGCAUGAUGGUCAUAUAUUGAGCCCACCAGAGAUUUCCAGACAACUUGCGUACAUCCAGCAGAGAUGCUGCAAUGAACCAGAGGGGCAAGGAUUAUCUGCCUUAACCUCUGAGGAGAGAACCCGGUGGGCACAGACACGUGACUAUCUUAUUCACCUGGAUCCAAGAAACCUGUCCCUGUUGGAGAAAAUACAGUCCAGCGUGUUUACAAUCUGCCUGGAUGAAGCGAGUCCUCAGGCUACACCUGAAAAUUAUACAGAGGUCACCAAGCUGGCACUAGCAGGAGAUCCAACAGUGCGUUGGGGAGACAAAUCCUAUAACUUCAUUGUGUUCUCAAAUGGGCUGUUUGGCUCAUUAUGUGAUCAUGCUCCUUUCGAUGCAAUGGUUGUGGUAGCACUCUGUUCGUACAUUGAUGACAAGGUCAUUGAAUCAGAGGGAAGGUGGAAGGGAUCAGAUAAAGUGCGGGAUAUUCCUUGGCCCGAGGAACUUGUUUUCAGCUUGGACUCAAAAAUACAAAAUGACAUUGCUGAUGCUAAACAGCGGUAUUACAAGCAGAUAUCUGAUAUACAGCUUGUGAACUAUGCCUUCACAUCCUUUGGCAAAUCACUGAUCAAGAAGCAGAAGCUUCAUCCCGAUACGUUUGUUCAGCUUGCUCUCCAGCUGGCCUAUCAUAAACUUCAUGGACACCCAGCAUCCUGCUAUGAAACUGCUAUGACGAGACGCUUCUACCAUGGCCGGACCGAGACUAUGAGGCCAUGCACCGUGGAAGCUGUUGAAUGGUGCAAAUCCAUGCUAGAUCCAGACUGUACUCCUCGCCAACGACACCAUUGCCUGCUGAAGGCAGUUUCAAAGCACAACAAACUGAUGAAGGAGUGUGAGAAUGGGAAAGGAUUUGACCGCCAUCUUUUUGGCCUCCUUCUGGUCAAAGAUCAGUCCCUUCCUGUGCCUGAACUUUUCUUGGAUCCUGCUUUUAGCAGAAGUGGGGGAGGUGGAAACUUUGUGCUGUCCACUAGCCUGGUUGGCUACACAAGAGUGGGAGGCGUCGUGGUUCCCAUGGUGCAUCACGGCUAUGGCUUUUUCUACAGAAUUAGAGAUGACAGGAUUGUUGUGGCUUGCAGUUCCUGGAUUUCAUGCUCAGAAACAGAUGCAGAAAAACUUUGUAAGAAUCUGUUCCAGUCUUUUCAGGACAUAAUCCAGCUAACGGCCACAGCCCAGCUAUAGAGAAGAUACUGAAAUAGUGCCUUUAUUCCAUUGUGCAUUACCAUGUGUACCAUGCUCUUACGAACAGGAAGUCUUGCCAAGAAGAGUGCUUUAAGAGCACAGCGAUAUUUUAGCAUAGACUGUAGGAAGAAAUAAUGCAAAGCCCUUUUUAAAAAGUGAGAUUUACUGCAAUAACAAUGCAACUUUCUUUGAAUCAAUUUGCGACAACAAUGCAAAACUUGAAAACCUCGCACUAGGACCUUUGCAAUGUUAAGCCUCAGCAAUGCAAACAUUAUUGAAUCUGGGCAGCUUAGAAAACAAUUGCUAAUUUGUUUUUGUAACCUUCCUAAUUAUAGACUAUAAGGUAAGAAGGUAAUAUUCAAAUUACACUAGUUUAUAUUGAUGCAUGUACUCUGGAUCUUACUCAGCCAUUCCAGAGAGAAUGGGUCUUGGUGCCUUUCUAAAUGGGAUGUUCUAGUUCUGAAAUAAUCAAGAAAGAUGUUUUUUACUUUAUGUAUAAUGUAGCUUCUGUCUUCCAUUUUAAACAAUUAAAUGGUUCUCCCUCAAGGGCUUUUUUUUACACAAACAAAGGCUUUUGUAUAGAAAAGGAGAAAAUUCUGUGACUUGAAAAUCAUUGUUUUGAAAUUUAUUUUUCCAAACAUUACUUGAAAGUUUACACAAUAUAAAUGUGGUGAUUAAGAGUUAUUGAUGCUACUGCUGCUCUCUAUAUAGCUUAUAAGAUUCUCAGGAUUUAAGUCUUUGGUAUCUGCAGAAGUGGGAUUCUGGUGUAUCAGCUAUGUCAUUUCCUCUCUUUGAAAUAAAAACCACCGCUGAAGGCCAGAAGGUCAA